CUUGACAGUGUUUUCCUUGUAAAUUAAUACGUUGGCAUUCUCUGUGUGUAUGUGUUUACACACAUGAAUUACAAUAGGUGAAUUUGCUCCUGAGAAAGGGGUCUAUUCUGAAUGUGGCAACCAGGUAAUCAGGUUCCAAAGCCUUCUAGACUGGGAUGCAAAGUCUGGACUUGGGCAAAGAAAGUCUGAGAUGUGAGAUCUGUGGCAGUCUUCUUUCCCUUGCUGUUCCCCUCGUGUUUUCCUUUUGAAUUCCCUCACCAGUUACCACAUUGUGUGUAUGGUGUGGUAUGCUAGUUUUAAAAAAGGGCACGUCCACAGGAAGACGGGAAGUGCCACGACAGCUCGGACCUGUCAUCCAGCCAGCCUUGUAUCUAAUACAGACACUCCCCAGAGGCCUCUGGUUUGACUUGCCCUUUGAGGAGCAGCGCUAUUAUUUCUCCCGUUCGUACUUCAUGCUGUGCGAAUAUGACUGAAUGAAAUCAUUGCCAGAAAUGUAUGGUACCUGUGGCAUUGUGAGCUUUGUAGGAAGCCAACCUCAGAGAGGCAGACGGGAUGGCUAGCUCAGCCCGGGAGCACCUGCUUUUUGUGCGGCGUCGAAAUCCCCAGAUGCGGUACACACUGAGUCCAGAGAACCUCCAGAGCCUUGCCGCCCAGAGCUCCAUGUCCGAGAACAUGACCCUGCAGCGGGCCAACAGCGACACGGACCUGGUGACUUCUGAGAGCCGCUCCAGCCUGACGGCCAGCAUGUACGAGUACACGCUGGGGCAGGCCCAGAACCUCAUUAUCUUCUGGGACAUUAAAGAGGAGGUGGACCCCAGUGACUGGAUUGGACUUUAUCACAUAGAUGAGAAUUCUCCAGCCAACUUCUGGGAUUCUAAAAACAGGGGUGUGACCGGAACACAGAAAGGACAGAUUGUAUGGAGAAUUGAGCCUGGGCCCUACUUCAUGGAGCCGGAGAUAAAGAUUUGUUUCAAGUACUACCACGGCAUUAGUGGAGCCCUGCGAGCCACGACCCCCUGCAUCACGGUGAAGAACCCCGCGGUGAUGAUGGGGGCAGAAGGCAUGGAAGGUGGUGCUUCAGGAAAUCAGCAUUCUCGGAAACUCGUUAGCUUUACGUUGUCAGAUCUUAGGGCAGUUGGGCUAAAGAAAGGGAUGUUCUUCAAUCCUGACCCUUAUCUCAAGAUGUCCAUUCAGCCAGGGAAGAAGAGCAGUUUCCCCACCUGCGCCCACCACGGGCAGGAGAGAAGGUCCACCAUCAUCAGUAAUACCACGAAUCCAAUUUGGCACCGAGAGAAAUAUUCCUUUUUUGCACUCCUUACUGAUGUCUUAGAAAUUGAAAUUAAAGACAAAUUUGCCAAGAGCCGUCCUAUCAUCAAGCGUUUUCUGGGGAAACUAACCAUUCCAGUCCAGAGGCUGUUGGAGCGGCAAGCCAUCGGUGAUCAAAUGCUCAGCUACAACCUUGGCAGAAGGCUCCCAGCUGACCACGUGAGUGGGUACCUUCAGUUCAGAGUGGAGGUUACAUCUUCUGUGCAUGAAGAUGCUUCUCCAGAAGCUGUUGGCACAAUACUUGGGGUCCACACCGUGAAUGGAGACCCAGGAAGCCCCUCUGAUGAGGAGGACAUGCCCGGGGGCCAUCACGACAGCCCACUUUGUUCUAAUGGACCCGUUUCGGAGGGAAGUGCUGAGGGGACCCCCAAACAUUCUUUCAGGACUAGCUCUACGCUGGAAAUAGACUCAGAAGAAUUAACCUCUACUUCUUCAAGGACCUCACCUCCCAGGGGACGUCAGGAUUCACUCAACGACUAUUUAGAUGCUGUUGAGCACAGUGGCCAUUCCAGGCCGGGCGCAGCCUCUUGCUCAGAGAGGUCCGUGGGAGCCUCUCCGAAACUAAGGAGUAGCUUUCCCACCGACACGAGACUCAGUGCAAUGCUUCAUAUCGACUCAGAUGAAGAAGACCACGAGUUCCAGCAAGACCUGGGGUACCCCUCUUCCUUGGAGGAGGAAGGAGGGUUGAUCAUGUUUAGCAGGGCAUCAAGGACUGAGGAGGGGAGCUUGGCAUCUCAGGCAAAGCCAGAAGACAACCCAGUGGAGGCUGAGGAAGCCUCCACAAACGAAGCCAGUUCUUUCGAGGAGAAGCCAGAAAAUGUUCCAGAGCUUGCAGAGAGCUCUUUACCCUCAGGCCCGGUCCCCGAUGAAAGUGAAAAUGGCCCAGAGUCUCAGCCAAGGGCUGACCAGGGCGGCGCCGAGUUGUGUGGCUCUCAAGAGGUAGAUCAGCCCACCAGUGGGGCAGACACAGGCACUGACACGUCGGGAGGAAGCCGCAGAGCCGUCAGUGAGGCGGAGUCCCUUGAUCAGGGCUCUGAGCCUUCCCAGGUGUCUUCUGAGACAGAACCCAGUGACCCUGCCAGGACAGAGAGCGUGAGUGAGGCCAGCACCAGGCCUGAGGGAGAGAGUGACCUAGAAGGGGCCGACAGCUCCUGCAACGAGAGCGUUACCACGCAGCUGUCCUCGGUGGAGACACGGUGCUCAUCUCUUGAGAGUGCACGGUUUCCUGAAACCCCAGCCUUCUCUUCUCAGGAGGAGGAAGAUGGAGCCUGUGCAGCUGAGCCCGCCAGCAGUGGCCCCGCCGAAGGGGCCCAGGAUUCCACGUGCACUCCCGGUUCUUUACCUGUGGUGCAGGUGCCCAGUGGAGAGGAGGACGGGCCAGGGGCAGAAGCGGCCCCUUUACCUGACCAGGAGGAGGUGGGGGAGGUCUGGCAGCGGAGGGAGAGCCUGGAGGGAGCUGCCGCUGCUCCUGCUGCUGCUGAGAGCCAGCCCGGAGAAGCGGGCGAUGCUGGGGAUGCCCAAGGGGCCUGUGAAGGGGCCACUGCCCAGGAGGAGGGCGCCACUGGAGGUUCUCAAGCCAACGGCCACCAGCCACUGCGGUCGCUGCCUUCAGUGCGCCAGGAUGUUAGCCGGUACCAGAGGGUGGACGAGGCUCUCCCACCAAACUGGGAGGCGCGUAUUGACAGCCAUGGCAGGAUCUUCUAUGUGGAUCAUGUAAACAGGACCACGACGUGGCAGCGGCCAACAGCUCCUCCCGCCCCGCAGGUGCUGCAGAGAUCCAACUCCAUACAGCAGAUGGAGCAGCUGAACCGGCGAUAUCAGAGUAUCCGCAGAACCAUGACUAACGAAAGGCCUGAGGAAAACAGCAGUGCCAUCGAUGGGGCUGGGGAGGAGACCGACUUCCACCAAGCCAGUGCAGAUUUCCGUCGGGAGAACGUCCUGCCGCACUCUACCUCCAGAUCCAGGCUGACGUUGCUGUUGCAGUCGCCCCCUGUGAAGUUCCUCAUCAGCCCGGAGUUCUUCACCGUGCUGCAUUCUAACCCUAGUGCCUACCGCAUGUUUACAAACAACACGUGUUUGAAGCACAUGAUCACCAAAGUCCGGCGGGACACACACCACUUUGAACGCUACCAGCAUAACCGGGACCUUGUGGGAUUCCUCAACAUGUUUGCAAACAAACAGCUGGAGCUGCCGAGGGGCUGGGAAAUGAAACACGACCACCAGGGCAAGGCGUUUUUUGUUGACCACAACUCCCGUACCACUACUUUCAUCGACCCCCGGCUCCCACUUCAGAGCAGCAGACCCACGAGCGCACUGGUUCAUCGACAACACCUGACAAGACAGCGCAGCCACAGCGCAGGCGAGGUGGGAGAAGAUUCUCGACAUGCAGGACCUCCAGUUCUCCCCAGGCCGUCGAGCACGUUCAACACCGUCAGCAGGCCACAGUACCAGGACAUGGUCCCCGUGGCUUACAAUGACAAGAUUGUUGCAUUUCUGCGCCAACCCAACAUCUUUGAAAUUCUACAGGAGCGUCAACCUGAUCUUACCAGGAAUCACUCACUCAGGGAGAAGAUCCAAUUUAUCCGAACUGAAGGGACCCCGGGAUUGGUGCGUCUUUCAAGUGAUGCAGACCUUGUUAUGUUGCUAAGUUUGUUUGAAGAAGAGAUAAUGUCCUAUGUGCCUCCACAUGCCUUACUCCAUCCCAGCUACUGUCAGUCCCCACGUGGCUCCCCAGUGUCCUCUCCUCAGAACUCCCCAGGUACUCAGCGUGCCAAUGCCCGGGCUCCAGCCCCUUACAAGCGAGACUUUGAAGCCAAACUAAGGAACUUUUACAGGAAGUUAGAGACUAAAGGAUAUGGACAAGGCCCAGGGAAAUUAAAGUUAAUUAUCCGAAGAGAUCACUUACUCGAAGAUGCUUUCAAUCAGAUUAUGGGCUAUUCCAGAAAAGACCUGCAGAGAAAUAAGCUGUAUGUCACGUUCGUCGGGGAGGAAGGGCUGGAUUACAGUGGACCUUCCAGAGAGUUUUUCUUCCUCGUAUCCAGAGAACUCUUUAACCCGUACUAUGGCUUAUUUGAAUAUUCAGCCAAUGACACAUACACAGUACAAAUAAGCCCCAUGUCUGCCUUUGUAGACAAUCACCAUGAGUGGUUCCGGUUCAGUGGUAGGAUCCUUGGUCUUGCACUAAUUCACCAGUAUUUGCUGGAUGCCUUCUUCACACGGCCCUUUUAUAAGGCUCUUCUCAGAAUUCUGUGUGACCUGAGUGAUCUAGAAUACCUUGAUGAAGAGUUCCACCAGAGCCUGCAGUGGAUGAAAGACAAUGACAUCCACGACAUCCUGGACCUCACAUUCACUGUGAACGAAGAAGUCUUUGGGCAGAUUACCGAACGAGAGUUAAAGCCAGGGGGUGCCAACAUCCCAGUCACAGAGAAGAACAAGAAGGAGUACAUCGAGAGGAUGGUGAAGUGGAGGAUUGAGAGGGGUGUCGUGCAGCAGACAGAGAGCCUUGUGCGUGGCUUCUAUGAGGUGGUGGAUGCCAGGCUGGUAUCUGUUUUUGAUGCAAGAGAGCUGGAACUGGUCAUCGCAGGCACUGCCGAAAUAGACCUAAGCGAUUGGAGAAACAACACAGAAUACAGAGGAGGUUAUCAUGACAAUCAUAUUGUAAUUCGGUGGUUCUGGGCUGCAGUGGAAAGAUUCAACAAUGAACAACGACUAAGAUUGUUACAGUUUGUUACGGGCACAUCCAGCAUUCCCUACGAAGGAUUUGCUUCCCUCCGAGGGAGUAACGGCCCAAGAAGAUUCUGCGUGGAGAAAUGGGGGAAAAUCACCGCUCUUCCCAGAGCUCACACUUGUUUUAACCGUCUGGACCUCCCUCCGUACCCAUCCUUCUCCAUGCUUUAUGAAAAACUCUUGACAGCAGUUGAAGAGACCAGUACCUUUGGACUCGAAUGACCUGGAAGAACAGUGCCUGGCUCUGUGUGGACAGGCAAUUCCAGACGCUGCCCCUAGAAGAGUGGCUGGGUAUUGGAAGUUUCAAGAGUAUGCUUCCGUCAGAGGAAAGCCGAGUGGUGUUAUUUUCCAGGAACACACAUGUUUAGGGACUGGAUGGUGGUGAUGAGUCCUCUUGGAAGAUUUUGGGUGAGCUUGAUGCCCAGGGAACAACCCAACAGUCUCUCAAUCAACAGUUCUUGAAUGCCAAACUUCUUCCCAUUUGUUAUGUUCCAAGACAGAGGUGAACCUGUGCGUGGUCAGCUCCCUGGUAACUUUCAGAGACUCAGGAGAAUCUUGAAACUUACCUUUGAACGUGGUUCAAGCCAACCUGGCAACACUUGGCCCAAUCUCCAAAUUAGUGCGAGUUAAAUAAUGUAAUAAAAACAAAUAUAUUUCCUGAAAGUACAUUCAUUUAAGCCCUGAGUUAUAACAGAAUAUUCAUUUUCUUGCUUAUGAGUGCCUGCAUGGUGUGCACAUAGGUUUCAGCUUUCAUGGGACACGGGUGAAAAUGAAACCAAGUCAAUAGGAGGUAACUGUAAAGAUUUGCAAUAAGGUGGUCUGUGACAAUGUAUAUGCAAAGUGGUAUAUGUGUAAUUAUGGAUGAAGAUAAACUGUUAUACAAUGAAUUACUAAUGACAGAUUCUAUGCUUUAUAAUGCAUGACAACAAUUUUAAAGUAACUAGCAAUUAAUCACAGCAUAUCAGGAAAAAGUGCACAGUGAGUUCUGUUUAUUUUUUAUAGCUGCCGUGUAUUUAUGUUCUCUAAGAUGUAUAUAAGAACCUACCCAUCACACUGUGUGUAUCAUCUGUUCCAUUCUCACGUUCCAUGCUUACUCGGGCAUCAUGCUAGUACGUAUCCUUUUAAGCACUCUCAAGGGAACAAAAGGGCCUUUUAUUUUUAUAAAGGUACAAAAAAAUUCCCCGAAAUAUUUUGCACUGAAUGUACCAAAGUCGAAGGGACAUUACAAUAUGACUAACUCCAUCACUUGACAAGUAUGACAGAAAAUAGCUUCUAAAUCAAACUUCCUUCACAGUGCCAUGUCUACCACUACAAGGACUGUGCAUCUAAGUAAUAAUUUUUUAAGACUCACUAUAUGUGAUAGUAUGAUAUGCAUUUAUUUAAAAUGCAUUAGACUCUCUUCCAUCCAUCAAAUACUUUACAGGAUGGCAUUUAAUACAGAUAUUUCGUAUUUCCCCCACUGCUUUUUAUUUGUACAGCAUCAUCAAACACUAAGCUCAGCUAGGGAGCCAUCAGCACCAUCCAAGAGGUCAGCUCUCCAUCCCCCUCAUCAGUGGAGACAUCACCUACUGAAACCCUCAGUGCUAUAUUUCUAAGCCUGCAUUUUCACUGAUGCAUAAUUUUCUUAUCAGUACUAAGAACCAGUUUUUCUAUGAUAUCUCAGAAAGUGCAUGACAUCACUAAUGUUAUUUCUGCCUACCUAGUUUUAUCAGAGGGUGUUCUUCAUGUUUAUUGCUUUGGGGUUAUUCCACAUCAUCAUUUAUUUCUUGGUUUCAUGGCCGUAGCUAAUCAGGUGUUCAGCAGAGUAAAGUUAAAUUGUGGGUAAUAAAAGCAUUGGAUUAAACCUUUGGUUUGCCAGCCCAUGGUAUUACAGGUAUUGCCCAAACACUUCUUUGAGAACUAUAUUUAUAGGUAGCCAUGGAAUUCCUAUUAUGGGAUGCUGGCAAUCUUACAUUUUACAGAGGUCAUCUGCAUGGUUUUCCUAGGUGGCUUGUAAGAACUGAUUGCUCUGUUGGUUAAGCUAUGUUUACCAUUGGGACCCUCCGAGGAAUGCCACUCAUGUUGCAUUCCUGCACUAAAGGUGGGUACUCCAGUGUGGGGAAAUGUUCUGGAAAAAAAGAUUACAGAAAUCUAGAAAUAAGAAGGGGAGAUUUAUCUGUAUACUAUACUUGUAUCAGAAAGAAAGAGAAAAAAAUUUAACUGGAAAUGUUAGUUUGUACUUACUUAUGAAUAUAAGUAUAUAUUUAAUUUUGCAAACUAUUUUUACUUGUAUUUUUUUCAUUAUAAGGAAAAAUGGUAUAUAACAUACUUUUUUUUAAAAGUUACAUUUUUAAUGGUAUAUAAGGUGUUUCAGAGCUGGCAGCUCUCUAAGCAGCUGAUACAGAAGGUUGCAUUUCUUUCUGAAAUACUUUCAAAGACCAUGUUAGCUUUCAUUUUGGUUUGUGACACUGUUACCAUAUUCCACAUUAUCAGGUAAAUGAGAUUUGAAAUAAAAUUUCUUUCUUUAAUUGUUUUUAACAAAUACAUUUCUUUGUUAAGGCAUCCAACUUCUUUCCAAAUAUCAGUAUAAUCGCCUAGUUGCUACUGUUCUCAGAACUGGGAAUGACCAAAGAUGUGCUUGUUAGGUCAGAACACCAUGAUCACUGAUCUAUUAUUCUUUGUUAGUAAAACAAGAGUCCAAUAAUAACUAUUUAAAAUAUUGAAUAUUUCCACAAACUAAAUGAGACUUUAAUAUACCGUACAAGUAGAAAUAUCCACAAAUAUCUUCUUCUGGAAUGUAAACUUAGAUCACUGGGCUGUCUGGUCUUGUUGUCUUUAAGAAUCCCAUAAGAGAUGCUCAGACAAUAACAUCUCAUACUGUAUAAGACAGUCGUGAUAUACCAAAUAUGUAUGAAGGGCAUCUCUUGGGUGAAUGCCAGUGCCCACUAUUGGCAUUCACUCAGUGCUGGCCACUGUGUUUGUUGAUGGAGCUGCAAGAUUCAAAAUCUGCCCUCGAGAAGCUCACAGUGGAGUAGACACCAAGGUUCAAAAAAGUAUUUUAAGUAAAGUUUGAUAUGUUCUACAAUCAAGGAAUGAGGAGAGAAUGGCUUGUUCCAUCUGGGAGUUCCAAUGAAGACUUCAUACACAGGAGAUACUGUGGCUAAAAGAAAAUUAAUAAAUCAUAUAAAUGCUCUUUCUGCUGGUGACUAAUGGCAUGUAACAGUGUGACAGUACUGGUCAAGUGUGGAAGCCCUGAGUGCAUUUACACUAGGGUUUAAAGUGUAUAGCUGGGGGCUGAACUGUGAAGGAACAAUGUAAGGAUCUUCAAAUUAUCCAAACAAUGCCAAGAUUAAGUUCAGCUGUUUUCCUCUGUUUUCUUUCAUCUGUACUACAAUGUACCUUUGGUUUUUCAGUGUGAAAAAAUCCCAAUCCUUGAGCCCACCCCACCUCUGGGGUCAAAACAUUUUCCUUGUGCACAAAAUGAAUGGAUCCUGGUCAAAGAAGUGUGGUCACAAUUUUCUAGCACAUGUUGUAUUUAUAAUUUAGUGGAAAUUCUGUAAUAAAUAACAGAAAUUUGAUUUCACUUGCGUAACAGUCGGAAGUUAAAAAAACUGUAUUCAAAUGAUGAACGAUAAUGGUGGAACAGUUUUGAACAGCACUUUAGUUUCUCAAUGCUUUCAGGUACUUGGUCUGUCCUGAUCCUCACAUGCUCUGUGCGGUAGAAGGUAUCAAGUCCCACCUGGUUUGAGGCUGAUGUUCAUGGUGGCUGUGAGGUCAGUUUCAGUACUUCACAGUUACUGUUCUAGGUUUCAUCUCAGGAAAUGUGGAGAUGAAUGUUUCUAUUUGCCUAUUCCAGUUUCAGUGAAUUUUGCAAGAUGUUUUGUCUACCCAGACUCUCAUUUUUUUCAAAUACUCUUAAAAUGUGACCGCUUCUGAAAAGUCCAUGAAGAAGUUAGCAUAAUCAUGGAAAAACUGCACAUAUCUUUAAUAUUUUCAUCUUACUACUUGUUAUGAGAAAUUAAAAAAAUGCAAAUUUUGAUUGCUCUUGGUGGAUUUAUAUAGUAUAGUUAGUUUUACCAAAUAUUAUUUGGAAGCAAGAUAAUGAAAAAAUGCUUUAAUCGGAAGCCUGAUUUUUUAUUUUUUAAUUUUGAAUAAGGAUGAAUCUAGGAAGCCCUGAUGGCUGACUUCCAGUGAUGUGAAUGAAGGAACCACUGCAGGUUUUCUUUUCCUCUCUGUCUUCCUCACAUUCAUCCAAUUUUUCCUCUUUCUUUCUGCACAAAUUCUAUUUUUGACUUGGCCACAUCUGACUAAGACAAACAUCUGAUAAUGAAGAGCCUAAAAGUCUUUGCAAUCCAGCCGUAUUCUGGAAAUUCCCACUGCAGAUGAAAUGAUGCUAUCCUAUCAUUACAAGAUACCUAGCACCCUGCAUAGUAAAAACAUGCAAAUGAAGAGCAGGGCCUCAUGUCCAAACUGAGUGUGACUCCCUUUUGUGCUCUCUUACUUGCUUUCUGAUUUAAUUGAUGAUUGAAAAUCCUCUAGAUCUUAGACACUUUGUUUCUAUAAAACUUGAGUUUAAAUGAACGAGAAUGUCACUUUCAGUUAGAUUUCUAAUUUUGCAAAACCUAUUACUUUUCUGGUUCAAUUGUGUUUUCUAGAUAGAUUUGCUUAUCUAGCAUGGAGGCAAAGGUCUCAGAGACAUCAAGCUUUCCAAGGCCAACCAUUGCUGCCUACUAGAAGGAUGAUAAAAAAAAAAAAUCAGAGAAGAGGAGCCCAGCAGUUGUGUCUCCUCCCACUCCCCCGCCAAGAAUGUAAUGCUAAUUAUUGACCAACUGUUGAGACUCAGGGAUGGUAACUGCAUUCCAAGGAGCUGGCACAAAGGAUGUAUUGAGUAUGUGUGCACUAUCCAUAUCAGAGCGGUCUGCAGGACUAUGGCAGAGAGAGCAUUAAAACCAGAGUGGAAGGAUCAUCUUAGGGCUUGCUGGUGGGGGUAGAAACAUAUACUUCAAAUUAGUUUCUGACUUUGAGAAAAAUAAUGCUCUUCUGCCUAAUGAGAGCACUCCUUGUUAUCUACCUGGAGGAAAAUACCCUCAUUUUAUACCUCCAGGACGUUGAUGAGAUUUUCUGCAUUGCAAAACAGAAUUUAGCCCUGAAGUAUUAAAGCUAACCAACCAUAGCUUAAUCAGGAGAUUUGACAAUUUAGUAUUAAAUUUUGUUGUGGAUUAUUUUUAACUUAAGAAUUGUUAGUAUUACUGAACUUUGUAUGGGGAAGAAGAGAGAGGAUAUUGCUUGACACAUUUAUUAUGCUUAAUUUGUUUUUUAGCAGACAUUUGUUAACAUCAGAAUAGCUUUUGAGGCAUUUUUCAUGAUCUCUAAUGGCAGCUUAAAUGUUCUAUAUUCAUCUGGAAAGCAAAACCCUAAGAAUCCUUUUACUGAAUUACAAAUGGAGACCUAAUCGGUGUUUCCAAUUUUUCAGGAAGUUAAUCAAGACUGACAAUACAGUUGCUUAGGUUUCAUCUGUAAGGUAGUUUUUUUGGUUUUCAUGAUCAAACAGUUCAGCAGAAUUGGAUGGCCCUAGUUGUAUGGUUUCUGGGGCACACAGGAAAAUUAGAUUUGUAUGUGUGAUUUUUACAUCUGGUGGCCUUGGGCUGGUGAUAUCUUUCUAUCCAAUUUUCUUUAAGAUAUUACAACCCUGAGGAGUGUUGAUAGGUAUGUGGUAUGAUUCAAACUGAAUCAGCUAUUAUUGAUACAGAUAAGAACCAUUAGUAAACUUCUGGUUACUAUCACCUUCUAUUAAAAAUAAAAGGAUGGCUAAUGUUCAAGAAAUACUUUGGAAGGAUUAACCAGGAAACACACGAAAUGGAAUGUUCUUUUAGGACCCUAAUGCUCUAAAAGAUGUUAUUACAACCUAUUUUUCCUUAUAUGAUAUCAUAAGUAAAAUGUGAGACAGUUAAUAUGUUGGAAAGUGCAUAAGAUCCCAUGUUUUUAUAGUAGGGAUGCAGGCAUUCCAAAAUAAAUAAAUAAAAAUACAUGCAUCUCUCUUGCCUCUUAAUGAAAGUAUUAAUCUAAUUUUAUGAUAAUGCUUACUUUUUAAUAUUAAGGCUCUG